UCAGAAUCUGGGCGUGGAUACGUUUCGUUUGAUGCUGGAAGCCAUUCAUUUGAAGUAAUGCCUAACCUAAAUAACGGACUAGAAACAAAAAAAUACUGUUUAUUGUUAUUUAGGUAGGCAAAGAGAAAGAGAGAAAGCAAGCUGCCGGCUGUUAACUGUUGUGAAUCCGGGGAACCUCCCUCAUGUAGCUUUUAGCUUAAAAGAGUUUAAGUACUACACAUCAUGAACUGAAAAACUCGUUAUAGCUCCAUUUGUGGUAACAAUUUUACAUCAAAAAAGAAAUUAUAGUGAUAAAUAUUGAGUGAAAAAUUGAGAAUGUCUCGCGUUGAUUUACACUUGCAGCUCUCAGCUUCAGGCACCAGUUUUCUCGAUCGGUACACACACAUUUGUGAACGAGAAGGACUCUCUUUGUUUCGACCAGUGCUUGCUAAAUUAUCAAAAUGUUGCCUAGAUGUUAAUCUAGAUAUGAUAUUAAAGAAUGACUUGAUGGCCCUGUUGCACGCAUUUUCGAAUGACAACACUUUGAGGAGUGUUCGAUUCGAGAGUCGGUUACUUAAGGAUAAUCCUCAUUUAACUAGCGACCUUCGCAAAUUGCACCUGCAUAGCCAUGGCAGGCGGCUACCAGCGUACGUUGAACCUGAGGUUAUGUCGUCAUUAUGUAAGGCUCUAAAUCGGCAUAUUAGCCAGAACGAAUUGAACUUAAAAGUAUUCCGUCUUAUUGGGCUGCCAGUUGCUGAAAGCGAGUUGGCUAUUGUGAGCGCUGCGCUGCAGGCAUCCAAAUCUCUUCAGUUGUUAAGCUUUGAAGGAAGCCCAUUAUCAAGUAAGCAUCUAGAUGUUUUACUCCCUGUUCUGCCUCAUGUACAAUCACUGACCGUUCUUAAUUUCGCCCAAUGCCGCCUCGGCCGUGCUGAAAUACUACAAAUUAGUCAGUAUCUACAAGUCGAUCGCAAGCUGCAACGGUUAACUCUAAAUGGAAAUCCUAUUGGUGACAGUGGGAUAGAACAACUCGUCAAGGCACUUCGACAUCAUACGAGCCUUAAAGCUUUAGACCUUCAAAACUGUGGCCUGUCUUCAACAGGAUGCCGCAGUUUAGAAAAUCUCCUGAGAAACAAUUUGGAGAUUGAAAUCUGUGAUAUAAGGCGCAACACGGCGGUAUCCCGCAACUCAGCUCUUGCUAUCGCUGAAAUCCUUUUCGAGAACACUAAAUAUCGUCCCAGCGGCAACACGUUUAGGCCUCUAGACCUAGAUAUGUCACCUUCAAUUGACGGCAAUCGAUUAGCUUUAGAAGAUUCAGGUCUAGAUGAAGUACGGCACAAUCCUACCAUUAGAGAAACGCCGUCUGUUAAACUGCCACCAAAGGAUCUUCAGUUAAAGAUUCAGGGUAGUGAUGACUAUAAAACUAAAUUAAUUAUAUCCGAUGUGCCUGCCCAUGAAGGGAUAUAUAUCUCAAAUGAUCUAUUAUCAAAGUUCGAAACAUCGCUAGUGAAGUUCCAAGUGCUCCUUGACUAUUUAGAGUCUGAACAUCUAGAAACUGGACUGGGGCCUUUAGGGGGAGGAGGAUCUCAUAGCGUGUCCAGAACCUCAAGCCAACAACAUAACCCGCAUGUUCAAAAGCGACUUACAACCAGAGUUGUUGUGCAAAAAUCAAUUCCCUCUUCGGAUGAUCUACCUGGAAUGCCACAAGCAGGUGUACUCCUUACUUCGGAAAAAAAAAACUCUCAACCGGAUGAUCAAGAACCCGCACUAAAAGAAAACAAAAACAGCAGGUGUAGCAAAUCUUACACCAAUUGCUUUACUGACUGCAAAUCAUCAUCUACGCUUUCAACAAAAGCAAACCUUAUUCCCGUGUCAGAUAAGACACCAUCUGGAAAAGUUAAUCGGCAAAAGCAGGACGAGGAGUCGGCGUUUGUCUCGGAUCCUACUACAACCGGAGCUAUUAUUACAAAGAAAAACAACAGCACUGUGAAGAAGAGCUCAUCGAAAGCAGUUGAUCCCAAAGCCGAACAACAAGAUAAAGACAAGCAGGAUGAAGAAAAUGAAAAUGAUCGGACAAUUACAUCUGAUCACGAGUUUGAUAACGGCAGCUUCGAAUUCAACUUCACGGAUAUUGGAGGUAUUACAAAAGAAUCGUCAUACAUGAAAAUAGCCGGCGAAAUAUUCGAUGAUCCAAAAGACGUACUAGAAAGCACUCGGACCUCAUUAACACCUUCGCGUGUGUCAUCAAUCACUGACAGUCACGCCUCUACAAAGACCGCUACGAACACUAACACGAACGUAGAUGAACUUCAAGAAAGACUCCGAAACAUACAAUCAAGGUAUAACGUCGCGUCGUGCUCAUUAAAAACACUGAACAGUGUAACUAAUGAGGCUGGUGAAAAUGUCCAACGCAAGACGCAUGCCGAUAAUGUUAUCAGUAGUCUCGAAAAUUGGAGUGCUGGUGACGGUAAAAGAUCUCUUGAACUUUCGGACGUCUCAUUGGAAAGCUCAUUUUCUGGGGAUCUUACUGGAUCUGAUUUAGAUAAGUUUUAAGAUUUCUUCCAAAAAUAUUCUUAACUUGAUCGCACAAAUUCCAAAUCUGCGAAAUAACAUGUUGUUACUACUAUAAGCCCCAGUCUGUUUAUCUAAAAAGCUGGUAUUUGAUCUAUUUAUUUGAUAAUAGAUGUUUUAGUAGAUCGUACCAUAGAUGGUGUAAUUACCUGGUACGGAAAUCAACAUCCGAGCUUGUCUUGCUCUUGAGCUACCUCUGCUAUUUCUAAUUUUUGCUCGCCGUAAUGGUUAAUCCAUGUAUUCGAGUUCCGUUCAAGACGCCGUUUGAAGCCAAUCAGCAAUUUGUACUCACUAUAAUCGCGAUUUGUGUUAUAUAUCAAUAGCUUUUUUUUAAAUAUAAUUAAUUAUUUAUUAUCAGUUGUUAUGUCGAGCAGCUUGCUUUUAUUUUUACAUUUACACUUGACUAGCAUAAGAAACUGAAUCAAAUUAGAGACAAAAACUUCGAGAAUAACCUCCUUCGCGGCAAGCUAACUGUGUAAGGUACAAGAUAUUGACAGUAAUGGUUACAGUAGUCAUUAUUACUUACGGUAGUACCAGUAAUAGUACUAGUACUGGGUAAAUGGUUAAUUAAAGUAGCAGCGGCACCUGUAGUAAUUUGAAAAUGUUAGUAGUGCUAGUUGCUACUAAAAUGUUUCGCAACGUAGAACUUCAAUUUUUUGGUUAAAUUUGGUAAAAUUAAACCAUUGAUAGAGUUGAAUAAUUUUCACGCUGGAAUAAUAAAUUAUACUAAAAAAUGUGUAUUGGGUUUUUCAUAUGCUGUGAUAAAUAAAGAUCUAUUUUAAAUGACUUCGAAUUCCAUGAAAUUGCAAUACCACAUGGCUGACCCAUUACAAGAAAUUAAAACACAAUGUUCUUUUAAACUUUAUUUUGUUGAGAGAAAUCUUAAUAAUGGACCGUCAAACACUGAACAACAAUACCAUAAACAGCUACAUAAUAUUAUACCAGUAAGCUCAAGACAUUUAAAAAGUUUAAAAAAAAAGCCAUGAAUAAUGCUAUAAUUGUAUAAACCUAGACUUGUAUGAGUUAAAUCAAUAAGGUAUUAGUCAGCGUGUGUACCCAUGUCGUACGGAUGCAAAAAUGCAACAGACUCUGCCAGAAUACUUGGACCACUUUGAAAAUCCCCUCGCCAGAAUCAGCUUGUACUCGAAGGGCCCUUCAUUUUAACCCUUGAUCGAUUUUCAUAAUUAUCACAACAGUCUGAAAAAUUGUGGCCUAUAAACUUUAGCAAAGAAAAUUAUGCAGCCACAAGAAUAGAAAGAAAACGAUGCUUCAAUCGACUUUCGUUAAUCGAUAUUCAUCACUAUUCGAUAAAUGAUAAAAAAACAAUGUAGACAGACUUUAUGAUUGUUGCUGUUUUUAUUCCUAUAAUAUACACGACUUUACUGCCAAAUAAACAUAACCGUGUUAAGAAAGGCAAAACAAGUUAUGCUAUGCUAUACAUGUCAUUAGGCAUCUAUGUCGGGUGCGUCAAUGCUAACUUGUCAUCAUUAUUAUUACUUAUUUACU